AAGCAAUGCAACUCGCCGCAGCCUUGGCACUCAACCUGGCGGCGGCGGGAGUGCUCCUCCUCCUCCUCCUCCUCCUCCUCCUCCCUCUGUCGGUGCUGCCGUCUUGCCCUGUGGUGUCCGCCUCGCCACCUCUCGCCAGCCGUGCCCGCUUCUCAUUUCCGUCCCCCUUCACCAAGGGCAAGCUGCUGAGGCGAGAGCUGCAGGACGGUGAGGAGGACGACUCAGAGGAGACUGGCAAGGAGGGCGCCACGCUGCAGCACCGGGUGGUGGGCCGCUUCGACGCCAAGAAGGCCCCGCCCAAGGACAAGCCGAAAGAUGCGAAGAAGGAAGAGAGCAGCGUAAAGGAAGAUAAGGAGGCUGAGGGUGAUAAGGGUGAUUACGAGCUGGACUAUGGCGAGGACGGCUUCAAGGGUGCCGUGCCAGAGCUCAAGGGCGGACCCAAAGGUGAAGAAGCUGCGGACGGAAAGGAGGAGGCCAACACAGAAUCGCCACCUGAUGAUAAUAAUGAGGGCGAAGCAACCACGUCAACAUCAACCACCACCACAAGCACGACCACCUCAACCACCACCACUACCACGACAUCUACCACUAAAGCCCCCAGCAAAGAGGAGCGGCAGGAGGCCACAGAGUCACCCUCUGACAGUGACGAGGGAUGGGAGGACAACUACAUCGAGGAGCCCGCCGCCAGCGGCUUGCAGGGCAAGACAGAUGCUGACGCAAGUGAAACGGAUGGAGGGAAGGCAGAGAAACAGCAGAAGGGGGACCCACAGGACGGUCAGGAGAAGGAGACCACCAAGGAGUCCAAGCCCAUCUCGAUGGAGCAGGCGGUGAAGGCAAGGCUGCCUGCCAAGGAUGAAAACCGGCAGAAAGAGGACAAGAAACAAGAGAACAAGGCGGCAACAGCAAGCAAGCAGGAUGCCACGGCAAGCACACCGGCAACAUCUGCCACAUUCUACUUCCGCAACAGCCUGACCAACGAGCGCAUCCCGGUGCCGCUGCAGCCCGGCCGCACACGCAACCCCCUGCUCACACACCCAUUCACCAUCGAAAUGGUCCUGGAACACCAGAGAGACGGAGCCAAUGUGUCCGCCACACACGGCCUCCCCGCCCCAGCGGCCCAGGAGAUCGCCGCCGUCGAGAUGAGCCUCUUCAUGGAGACCGCUGACAAGAGGCGGCUAGAGGAGGUCCAUCUUCACUCACCCUCUGCGAUGUCGCUGCGUGUGUCGUCUCUCGCCGACAACAAAGGUGAUGUUACAGCUGUUGGCGAGACGCCCCUGCUGAGUGUGGAGCACCGCAAGGAGCCGUAUGUGAUGUGCAGCGACGGGCAGAGGGGCUGCUGGGUGGGGGACUUCCCUGGCACUUAUCGGGUGCGGGCCGUGUUCCGGAGUGUGCAUGGCAACACCCUGCCGCCCGUCGAAGUGCUCAUCGAUGUGCCGAGUGAGCGGCGUGGGUGUUUGUAUGUCAACAACCGUCAUGUGUCCGGCUGUCUGUGUGCUUCUGCAUCCUUCAGGGCUCGAUCCCCGUGCUGCCGACUGCCUGGCAGUUGGCGGUGUGCCGAGCAAAUCGCCGGCCGACGACAAGGAUGCCGACAGGCUGGCGUGCUGCCCCGUUGCGUGUGGGAGAUGUGACGCUGCACCCGACACCGACGAGUGCGUCAGGACACCGGAGUGCUGCCCUUCUCGCGUUCUCGAGAGUGACCAAGCGACGGUGUGCAGAAGUGAAGACGGCAGCAAGGAUGCAGCAGCGCCGCCAUGCUUCACAGGCACGGGAGCAUCCACAUACACAUCCACACACACACAAUUGGACGGGUGGGCAUGACAACGCUCGUGUGCGUGUGGCUGCAGAGCCCUCAUCGCGUCUCGGGGAUCUGUAUUUCGUCCAUCCGGCGACCGGGCAACGCAUCGGCCCGCCCCUCCUCCCGCCCCCACACAUCAACCGGCAGCUCACAUCGCCAUUCAACAUGGAGGUCCACACAUGGCACGCCACCAAAGACGACAAGCCGUCCAUCAAGAUGGAGCUGGCGCGCAUCGACGGACUCAUCGGCCACGACGCCGCAUACGCCGGCGCGCUGAUGAACGUAUCAUUGCCGUAUCUCGAUGCCGGCAAGGACGGCGACAUGUGGCCUACAAAAGCGAAGGAGCGGAUGGCAAAUGCGGUCGAGGCGGGGGCGGUGCUGUCACGUGUGGGCUCUGGGGCGCCGUUCACUCUGUGUCAAGCCAAAGACGGUGGCAAGAGGGACGCACUGGGGGCGUGCGAGGUCCGUGCCGAUGGAGACAAGAAGGGGAGCCAGCUGCCCGGGGGCAUGUAUCGGCUCACGGCCACCAUGCUGGACGAAAAGCAGCAGCCAGUCGGCCAGCAACAGACGGCCAUCAUACAACUGGAACGUGCGCAAGAGAAGCAAGAAAGAAACUCACACACCUUUGUUUGUUUGUCUGUCUGUCUGUCUGUCUGUCUGUGUGUGCUUGCAGGCCCGUCCGCGUCUGAGGCGCAGUGCUUCGAGCACUUGGGUGUGCUUGACGUCGCAUCCCAGGCCUGCUGUGCGUCCACAUGCGGGGUGUGCCACACAGACGAUAGUCAGCAGUGCAGUGACCGCUGGGGCGGAGCCGAGAGCUGCUGUGCCAAUAGGAUCGUGGAGACCAGGACAUUCUGCAGCCAUGCCAAGGCGGCGCCGUGCAUCGGUGGUAGCCUAGGCGCGGUGCGGGGCGCAGAUCCAUUUCGCACAUCCGUCAUCGUCUCAAUGCGUGUGUGGUUCAGAUGCAUCCUUGAGUCUCGGCGAGUUAUCCCUGAUCCGGCCGACAGUCACCACCGAGACGGCCACUACCGCCCCCUCUGCCCUCAUACCCCUCAACGCCACCACUCAGCCACAAGCACAGCCAUUCGAUCUCACGUCCCUCAUUGCUGACCUAUCGACCACCACCGCCCAGCAGCCUGCAGGCCCCCUUCUCGCGGUCACUCAAUCCUCAGCGGCUGAUUUCAACUUCCACGUAACCAUCAACGGCCUCCCGCGGCAGCAUGACGGCUUGGUCGGCGUCAAAUUCGAUGUGCACCGGGUGGAAAAGGGCAAGAAGGAAAAUGCCGCAGCGCUGUUCCUGACACGCGAGCAGAGAGAGCCUCCGUAUGCUCUGUGCUCGUCGAGUGACGGGAGGGAGCGGCUGGUUUAUCGGGGGUGUGGGUGGCCUGCGGGUCAGUACCGUGUGACGGCCCAGAUGAUGUCCCAGGGCAAGCCUCUCAAGUCGCCUGUGGAGGUCACUGUCAAGACAAAGGGUGAGAAGUGGGAUGGAUACACGAGACAGGGUGACUGCAUGUCGAUCUGUGUGCUCUGUGCAUCCCUUUGAAGGUCCGUCUGCAGCGGCCAAUGCGGUGGGCAUGGACGGCGUCUCAACCUCCGCCGAUUUCUCAACCUUCCUGUGCUCGCGCAUCCGCGGCCACAUGAGCGACGACAAGGACUAUGCGACCAGCUGCUGCCCCGCAUUCUGCUCAACCUGCGGCGCGUCACAAUGCGCGAAAAGCGGCAGCGAGAAGCAGCGCCCAUCGCCCCUCGACUGGGCCCGCCUGCCGUCCGUCCCCCCACACGCAUUCGCCAACACCACCACACUGCUCACAUAUCUGAAAAGAGACCAAGAGGGAGGUGGUGUGGUGGAUGGUGUGGUGGAUGGGCAGCAUCGCGAUUCGCUGGUUGCGAGGCGUGCAAAAGGUAUGGAGGCGGUUGAUCGUGCUGAGGCGCUGGCAAGGCUGGAGAGGGAGGUGCGGGAGCGGCUGUGCUGCGCGUCGUUCGUGGCUGAGCAUUUCGGGUCCUGUUGGGAGGGGGCCUCGCCGCACCCCCCAUGUUUGGCGGACGAGCCAGAAGCCAAAACCUUCGCAAACAGCCAGGGUGAGCAUUCCGACUCGUUGUCCUUCACGCUUGUCUGGACCUCUGUGCCUGGCCGUCCUUCAGUGGCUGUCAGCCCGUUGCUGACUUCCAUUAGCUUCAUCGAUCCCAUCCCCCCCGGCGCUGCCAAGCCCUCCACAGCCACGGCAAGCAACGUGCCUCUCUACCUGCCGAACGAAGCAGCGUUCAAUGACCAACCAGCAGAUGCGUACGAGCUGAUCCCGCCCCUCGCACCCCGCAUCCACGGCACACCGAGACACCUGCCCGUCGCUUUCGCCACGCCCCAGCUCAAGAGCCCUUUCAAUCUGCAGAUCGGCCUCCACCCCGCCAUUGACGAAGACACCUCCCACAUCGGGUUCCACGUCAUGGUCCGCCGCGGCAAGGAGGUGGUGUCGCAGCUCUGGGACUUCCGCGCCCCUUUCACGCUCUGUGAAGACAUUGUGAGUGACGGCCAGGAUAUUGUCAAGGAGUUCUGCGGUUUCGAAGGUCGGCCUGGCAACUACACGAUCGUUGCGCAGGCCUUCUGGCUGCAGGGGAGGGAGGGGGAGGGGAAGGGUGUGAAAGAGGAAACAGAGAGGGCGAGGCGGCUGCAGGGUCAGGACGACGCGCAGCUCGCAGCAUGGCACGGGGCCACUGAGAAAGAGGUGUCCGCCACAUUCAAUCGUAGACCGAUCGGACCACCCAUCACCAUGAGCAUCGACGUCCCCGGUGAGUCAGGCCUGCUAACGUCCGUCCAACCAACCCUGUCGGUCGAGUGACCUCCUUGUCUCUGUGUGCGUCUCUGUGUCUCAGAGAAGUCCCCCGCCGUGGAAGAGUGCUUCCGCUCACACGGCAUCCUGCAGCCUUCCCCCACACCACACUCCCCUUCUCUGGCCUGCUGCCCAGCCGAGUGUGGCCGGUGCGACAACGACGAUGGCGAGUGUGCCGUCCGCGGCAGGGCCCUCUUCCUCGACCCACGUGCGUGCUGCCCCAAUGAGAUCCUCAAGGCGGCUGUCGGCAUGAAGACCUACAAGAGUGACAGUGACGGCGAGACACGAAUGCCAAUAGGCGAGCCGUCGCCUCGGUGCGCGCUGCAGGGUGCAGCGCCGUGUGUGGCGGCCACGAGCGGGUUGAGUGUUGCGCUGCGGCGAGACAUCUGCGAGAGCGCCCUCAAUGGGAACUUUAACGCUUUGCACAACACAUGCUGCUCGGGGUCAUGCGGCACAUGUGCGGCAGACUCAAUCUGCCACCUGCGACAGGGCGGGGCCGAUGGCUGCUGCCCCCUCACCAUCACAGACCAGCAGCAGUUGCCGUGCUCAGCCAAGGGAGCGGCGCCAUGCCUUGUCGACGAUGGGCCCUACCAUUUCCCGUCCGCUGAGGUCCGCAGAUGGGCAUUUCGUCCGUCAGAACAACCAAGACGGUCCGCUCACGGCUGCAGCGUCGACACGCCAAGCCGGUGUGUGAUCUACCAGGUGGUCACUGACCGCUUUGCGCUCUCGCCAGGCAGUGAAUCGGACGAUGUGUGUGCCGGGGAGGUGGAGAGCGAGUGUCAGGCCAUGGCUGGCGGGGUCGGUGAGGUGGGUCAUGGGUAUAGGGGUCGGUACUGUGGCGGCAGCUUCAAGGGCAUGGCGGCGAAGGUGGCCUACCUCCGAGACCUGCACGUCACGUCGCUGUGGAUGUCCCCACUAAUGCAGAACACCAAAUGCACUUUCGACGGUAGGUAUCCACUCACAGCGCACAGAUGUGUCCAUCUCGCUGGUCAGGUCAUGCUGUGUCUUUCUCUCUCUGUGUGUGUGUGUGUCAUGCAGGGUCCGCCCCGAGCAACUGGGAGCGCAUCAACAGCCACUUCGGUACGUCAGCUGACCUGCAGUCGCUCGUCACGGCCGCCCACAGCCAGCACAUCGGCCUGAUACCCGAGGUGGUCGUCAACCACGUCGGCAGGGCGGGGCCGCACUGGGGCGACGUCGUGUCGUCCCAGCGGCCCGCAUACGCCACCAUUUACCCCUUCAACGCCACCCACUUCUACCGCCCCUUCGCAAAGUGCCACCCUGCCAGCGAGGUGGCCAGCACCUCCAAGCUCACAUCACGCGAGCGCAUCAGACGGCUGGAGCAGUGCUGGCUCAAUAGCUACCCCGACCUCGAUACGACCGACCCAUUCGUGGAGGAGUAUCUCUCACAGUGGGCUCUUGACGUGGUGCUGCGGUACCAGUUCGACGGCGUUGCUGUGAGGGACAUCGGACAUGUCGACACGGCUUUCUGGGAGCGGUUCCUGCGGCACUUGUCCACCCCAACAGAGCGGGGGGCGAGGAAAAUGUGGGCGAUCGGCGAAGGCAUGACCUUUCCCGAUGAAGCGCUUGGCUCGAGGGCGUUGCAGCUGCAGCACCUGGCGGCUUACCAACACCGGCAGCAGGCCAGCAUGUUUGAUGGCGUGCUCAACUACCCCCUGACAUGGGCGCUGCGAGAGGCCUUCGCGCCCGAUGUGGUGAGACGCAAGUCGAUGCACGGGGUGGCCGAGACCUUCGCCCUCAUGAAGCAGCUCUACAGCGCUCCAGGUCGAGCGGUGAACUUCCUGGAGAGUGUGGACAUGCCCCGGUUUCUGCACGGAACGCUCCCAUGGGACAUGGGGCGGAACGAGGCGCCAAGCCGGGACACGCUGUCGAUGGACGCACCGUCUGUGCGGCAGUACCAGAAUGCACUCACCAUUGUGGGGGCUGCGGAGGGGGUCCCCAUGUUCAUCUACGGCACAGAACAGAUCAAAAUGGCUGACAAAGGUGCGUUGGCAAGGGGGGAAACACAUUGACGGAUAAAUGUACGUGUGUGUGUGUGUGUGUAGAUGAGCGUGCGCCACUCUGGCUGAGUGCGUAUGACACGGCAGAGGGGUCGCUCUACGGCUUCCUGAAGACCCUCAGUGCCCUCCGCGUCAACGGGCAUCUCGACGGGCCGCAGAGAGAGCUCCUGGUGACGGAGACAGGGAGGGAGGGGAAAGACCGCCCCAGCCCACCCACCCACCCAACCACAUGUGUGUGUCGUGUGUCUUGUCUCAGGUGGAAGAUGACGUAUACGCCUUCAGCCGGGGCGACGGCGGCAGUGCCGGCACAGGCACAUACGCCAUCGUCGUCGCCACCAACAUGGGCGUCGGCAAACACACGACCAUCAAGAUCCCCAAACGCGCCCUGCCCUCCUCGCUUGUCGACACUGAUGCGGCAGAGCAGGGUCUGUGUGAGGCACUGAUUCCUUUGGGCAACGCGGCUCACUGCUUUGGGCUGAGUGUGCGGUUGGAGGGCAAGGAGAAGUGUGUCGUGCCUAAGGGAGAGGGGGACGCUGCGCAGGUGGAGGAGAUAUAUGACCCUGACACUUGCCUGGUCAGCAAGCCCACACACACACACACACGACAUAUAGCCACCCACCGCUUGUGUGUUCCGUCUCUGUGCCACGCACAGGCGCAGGAGGGCUGCUGCUGGGUGCCCAUGUCCGGCCAGCCGUCGUGCUUCAAAGCCAGAGAGGGAAACGGAGACAAAGGUGCCCUCACAGCACAGGCCCUGUCAGCGCCGUCACCGUCGAGUGACUGCCCGACGGACGCUCUGUUCGAGGAGAGGUGGCCGUGUGGCUCAAUCCGCGACCAACACGCUUGCAGGGUAAGUGGGCACACAGACCAUGUGAAUGAGCACCGGCUGGGUAAUCAUCUGAGUGCGUGUCUGUCUCAUGCAGGCUCAAGGGUGCUGCUGGGACCCCCAGCCCGACUCGUUAACGAGCCCGCCAUGCUUCACCACAUCACCCCAUUCUCCCCCCAGCCCCCACACACACGCAUCAACGUCGGCGUCGUCUCUCCAGGCCGACACCACCCAGUCGCCCCCGCCGCCGCCGCAGCAGCUGACCACAAGUGACUGCUACCCUGUGUCUGCCCCUGGGGGCGAGGAGGGCGAUGGUUAUGUGCACAUUCCCAUCCGUGGUGGGAUGCCCCGGGUGCUGCUGCCCAGACACACGUACACGCCGUCAGCGGCAGUGCAGGUCCAUGGCAUCAGCGAUGAAUGAGGGGAGCUCGGCUGUGGCGCCCGAUAUAUGGGUGGGUGAUCUAGGUGCGGUGUGGUGUCUCUGUGCUGUUGCUGUCGGACGGAGUGCCUGUUGGUGUGUGUUGGUAGGUAGUUUGGUGGGAUGGGGGGGGGCUGUCGUGUGCAUGCUGCUGGUCUGUCUCCAUCAAAGCGUGCGUGUGUGUGUGCGUGUAGUAGUAGAUUUUUGCUGACGUCUAAACGUCAGUCACUUUCUGACCGAAGAGAGUAGUGAACACUACACACCACACGCCAGUAGAAGCACAUCCAACACACGUACACACACGCACUGGGCUGCUUUGCUUACAUACAAUUGGCCACAACACUGACACAUUUAAUUACGACGCCAAUUCGGUGCAUGAGAGAUUUGGUUUCGUUUGGUUUGGUUUGCCCGGGGUGUGUGAAUGUGUGUUUGUGUGUGUGUGUGUGUGUGUGUG